AUAUGGUCAGCGUGUGCUGCCGUAGUAGCGCUGCUCCGUAGCUGGCACCAGCGCCGACGUCGUCGUCGUCGUCGUUUCCGCCACCGCCACCACCGCCAGCCAGCCAGCCAGCACACACCACCUCCGCCGCCUUCGCACUCGCAGAGUCGAGCCUCGACGGAACGACCGUAGUCUAGUCGCGUAUCCGCUCGCAGGCACGCGCGCUCGCGGCCUCCUCCGGCGCACAUCGUAUUAUAUGUAUCAUCGUGUGAUAUCCGCGAUAUAUAUAUGAAAAUAAAAUUCCGCUCGAUUAUAUCGGGGAAACUCGACUCUCGAACCCAGUAAAGUGCGAGGAUUAAACGAAAGUCACAGAGUUCGUUGUGUGCAGACCGGGCGCACAGACCCAGCGACCCAUCGAUCGUGUGUGCAGGCAGCAGCCGAAUCAGCAGGAGCUGAUUUUUCAUGUGCUUUGCUCCGCUGACCUGCUUGUCGUCGGCUUCGAUUAGCUGCUCGUCUGCGACUAGAUCCACGUCGAGCUUUGUAUCGCUUCUCUCCAGUCGGAUCUCUGGGCUCCGGGGAUAACACACAAGGACUGCCGGCAAAGCAGCAGCAGCAGAAGUAAAGCGACGAGGCAAUGCUCGCGUCGAGGAUAAAGUGCCGGUAGUCAGCGUUGAGCCUGCGCUUUGGGGGUCUUAACGUAACGACAAUAGUCCGGCGUCGUCGUCCCACUGCGUGCGUGCGUGCGCUCGUAAAACGCACCCAUAUAUACAUGUAUACGGACUGCUGACUGCUACUACUUGCGAGCGAGCGAGAGAGAACGCGCACGAGCCAAGAACAAGACGACGGAGGACACGAAGCUGUACGGAAGAGCCUCGUCCGUUACGAGAUAGCUACAAGGACCGUGGAUGCAGUCGGGUGGAGGAUCUGCUGGUGGCGGUGGCCAUCAGCCGACGAGCGGCGGUGGCGGCCAAGCAGCUAACACCACCACCGGCGGCGGCGGCACGGGCGACGAUGAAGCCCCUAAAGAUCCGGGGGCUCGAAUCACUCAUCAGUCCUACACAGAGAGCGACUUUGAAGGUCACCGAGCGCACACGGUCUUCGUGGGUGUUCAUCUUCCGGGCGAGCGACGACACCGUCGACACCACAAGCAUCACCACUCCCGGGGCAGCAACGGUUCCGCCGGCAAAGAGGAGCCCGACAUCGACAGACCCAGACAAUUACUGAUGGCACGCAGGGGUCGACUCGCUAGUAUCUGCGAUUCCGACGGCGAGUUGAUAUUCACACCACCUGCACAAAGGGUGCAAUUCAUUCUGGGAGAAGAAGUUGGCGACGAUGCCCACGAGUCACAUCCACUUUUCUCCGAGAUGGAGGAACUCUGCCGGGAUGGCGACGAGUUGGAGUGGAAAGAAACGGCCAGAUGGAUCAAGUUUGAGGAGGACGUGGAAGAAGGUGGAAAUCGAUGGAGCAAACCUCACGUAGCAACGCUAUCUUUGCACUCGCUUUUCGAAUUGAGAAGUCUACUACUCAACGGAACAGUCAUACUCGAUAUGGAGGCCAGUGGCUUGGAACAAAUAACGGAUCUAGUUCUCGACAACAUGGUCAGCAAAAAUGACUUGUCGAUCGACGUGAAGGAUCAAGUGCGCGAAAUUCUCUUGGUCAGACAUCGACAUCAAUUUGAAAGAAAAAAAGAGCACAACAUGUCAAGAUUGCCGAUAAUACGAUCUCUCGCUGAAAUCGGGCGCAAUCAUUCGUCAUCGAAAAAUUGUGGUUUCGCAUGUGGUAUACAAUCCUUGUUGACAACAGAUUUCCAGGAGCGACAAACAAAUAACGGUGACGCUUAUAUGCCAGCCGUCCCUCGGAGUACUAGCUGUCCCAAUUCGAAUACAGCUUUGCUAUCCAAAGAGGCGAAAGAUCUUAAAGGCCCUUACCUAUUGGUUCCAGUGGAAGAGUCGAACUCAGCACCAGCUAUAGCUGCUACUGCGGCAGGUCAGGGUGGUGGUGCUGCACUUAAUUCCAGCGGACGCUUUCUAACCAUACCUGGUCAAGAGCCGACGCAAACAGGUAUGGAUAGAAGUCCUAGUUCAGUUUCUAUCAGCCGAAACCAUAGUGCCAAUGCUUUGGAAAAUGGUGAUGCAAACCAUAAAGGCAAUGUUCAUUUCAUGCGUAAAAUUCCACCAGGAGCAGAAGCUAGUAAUAUUUUAGUCGGUGAAGUAGAAUUUCUCGACAAAUCUAUAUCAGCGUUUAUCCGUCUCAGCCAAGCGAAUAUAAUGGGUGAUUUAACGGAAGUUCCAGUACCGACGAGAUUCAUAUUUAUACUAUUAGGACCUAUGGGUGGAAUAGCAAGUUUUCACGAAAUUGGCCGUGCAAUGGCCACCCUCAUGUCUGAUGAGGUCUUCCACGAAGUAGCGUACAAAGCAAAAAAUAAAACUCAUUUGUUAUCAGGAAUCGACGAGUUCCUCGACGCUGUUACCGUUUUACCGCCAGGAGAAUGGGAUCCUACCAUAAGGAUAGAGCCACCUGCUGCUAUACCUUCUCAAGAAAUAAGAAAAAGGCCAAAGGAUGAAAAAAUUAAAGAAGAGGUAGACGAAGAAGCAGAUGAACAAAAACUUCGAGAAGAAUCAGGAUUAUCUAGAACCGGUAAAUUAUUUGGCGGUCUUGUCAACGACAUAAAACGGAAAAAGCCGUUCUAUCUAUCUGAUUUUAAAGACGCAUGCUCUCUUCAAUGCAUUGCAUCGUUCAUUUUUCUUUACUUCGCCUGUCUUUCUCCAAUAAUAACAUUUGGAGGCCUCCUUAGUGAGGCAACUGGUAAAAAUAUGGCUGCCAUGGAAUCUCUAGUUUCUGGUUUUGUUUGUGGAGAAGGAUAUGCAUUAUUCUCGGGUCAACCAUUGACUAUAUUAGGAUCUACGGGUCCUGUUUUAGUAUUUGAAUCGAUAGUCUACGAAUUCUGCCAAAAAUGCGGUUGGCACUAUAUGUCAUUCCGAUUUUGGAUUGGAACAUGGAUGGCUGUCAUUUUAAUUGUCCUUGUAGCAGUAGAUGCAAGUGCAUUAGUCUGUUUCAUUACAAGAUUUACCGAAGAAAAUUUUGCCACAUUGAUAGCAUUUAUUUUUAUUUAUAAAGCUAUCGAAAACGUUAUGUCAAUUCGUAAGAAAUUUCCUGUUAGUACCGGUCAAAAUCUUGGUAAUUCCUCUUGUUUCUGUGGACCUCCCGGCACAUCGUUAAACAGCAGUUAUUCGACAACGAACAAUCAAUAUUCAAAUAUCAAUUGGGCAUCUUUAGAUAAAUACGCAUGUCAGGCUGCAAAUGGCACAGUGAUUGGAGAAAAUUGUUUUUCACCACCUCCCGUACCUGAUGUGUUCCUAAUGUCAAUUAUUCUCUUCGCGGGUACAUUUUUAAUUUCAAUUCACUUAAAAGAUUUCAAAAAUGCUCUUUUCUUCCCCGCAAAGGUUAGACAAAUUAUUAGUGAUUUUGCUGUUAUCAUUGCUAUCUUUUCAAUGACGGCUCUCGAUGCUUCCGUUGGUAUCAACACACCCAAAUUGGAAGUACCUUCUGAGUUCAAGCCUACUCUUGACGGACGUGGAUGGAUAAUAAUGCCGUUCAAUCAUAAUCCAUGGUGGAGUGCUGUUGUAGCAGUUUUACCAGCGUUGUUGGGGACUAUUUUAGUUUUUAUGGAUCAACAGAUUACUGCAGUUAUUGUGAAUAGAAAAGAAAAUAAAUUAAAAAAGGGUUGUGGUUAUCACUUGGAUUUGUUCGUAUUGGCUCUACUCAUUCAGCUAUGUUCCUUCAUGGGAUUACCGUGGUUCGUAGCAGCCACAGUACUUUCGAUUAACCACGUGAAUUCUUUGAAGUUGGAAUCUGAAUGUGCGGCUCCUGGAGAAAAACCGCAGUUCUUGGGAGUUAGAGAACAGAGAGUCACAGCCAUUUUAAUAUUUUUAAUGAUUGGUUGUUCUGUGCUGCUGACUCCCAUGUUGAAGCACAUACCGAUGCCUGUACUAUUCGGUGUGUUCCUAUACAUGGGAGUCGCGUCUUUGAAAGGAUUACAAUUUUUCGAUAGGAUACUCAUUAUAUUCAUGCCUCAAAAAUACCAACCAGAUUACAUGUUCCUUCGGCAGGUACCAAUUAGGAAAGUUCAUUUGUUUACUGCAAUUCAACUUGCCUGCCUCAUCUGCCUUUGGACCAUCAAAUCAUUCAGUGUAACCUCGAUAUUUUUCCCAUUAAUGCUGGUAGUCAUGAUUGGAAUAAGAAAAUCAUUGGAUUUAAUUUUCACGCAACGAGAUCUAAAAAUUUUAGACGAUGUGAUGCCGGAAUACCACAAAAAGCACGCCGACGACCUUCGCCAAUUGGAAAAUGGCGAGGAACACAACGAAUCGCUUGGAUUUGCUUCUGCCGGUAACCUGCAGAUUCCUUUGGUCAAUGGAAAUAUAAUGAAAAUACCGCUUACGAGCAUUAACAUCAGUGAAGAAGUAAAUAAAACAGGAAUUUGGCAACAAGUGAAUGAGGAAAAUGACAAGUCCAAGCAACCAAAGAUGAACAAUGUAGGUAAGCAGAAGAAGCAUUCGAAAAAAGACGCAGCCCUUGCGUCCGAUGAGACUACAAGACUUACCACAAUGACAGAAGAAGAAGAAGAGGACGGUGGAAUAUCGAUCAAGGUUGAUUUAAUACGAUCAAAAGAUACUAGUCCUCACAAGGUAAAUGGUACCACUUCCGCCGAGACUUCCGUCUAAUUCGUAGCAAGCAUCAAGUAUAAAAAAUAAGCAGUAGAUUGAAAUUUCUAUAAAAUAUUAGAUUAUAAAAACUAAAUGAGAAAAUUAAAAAAAAAAUGAAAUUGAUAGUACACGUAUUUGACUUGAUCUCCGAAGUCUUGUGAGAUUUUAUAUGUAAUUAAAUAUAUUUGAAGAGUAAUUUAAAACAAUAUAAUGUUAGCAUGGACUAGCAAAAAAGAACGAAUGAAAAAAAAAAUACUUAAAGACGUGUUGAAGAGAUUAUUUCAAUUGUAGAAUGUAGUUGAAAGCAUCACACCUUUUUAUUUUAGAAUAAAAUAUUGGACUGAAAGCACUUAAGAAAAACAUUAAAAAUAGAUAUCCAAAAACACACAUUUUUUAUCAAUAGAUAAUGUCACGUUUGAAGCAUCGUCGUGCGUAUGUGCAUUUAAAAAAAAAUUAUUCGUAAAAAUAAUUUUACAAUCAUUUCACAAUCCAAGUAUUAUUUUAGAUAACCAAUAUUAAUAUCGUUAGACAAGUUAUACUGUACCAAAAGUGAAAGUAUAUAUCUGCUAAUGUUUGAGAAAAAAAUUGUACAUAAAAAAAAGACCCUAUAACUGAGGACAUAAUUUGUGCACCACGUAAAAAGCUAAAAUUUUAAUUUAAAAAUAAUACCCUCAUUACAUAUUCAAAACAGUGAACUUGAAAUCGUAUUAAGUAAUUUUAAUACAUGUUAGCGAUGAUUGAAUAGUAGUCAAUUUACAUUGCAUUUGACACAAAAACGCACAUUUUUAUCGACACUGCGCAUGGAUUUCACGCAUUUAUCUGAAUAAAAGUACAUAAGUUUAAUAAUAUUGUAUAAUCUUAUAUUCGUUAAAAUAUAUAUUGUUGAAUGUUUGUAUUUAAAUAUGUUUUAUUUUAUUGUAAAAUCAAUAUUAUAUUUGUCUAGUGAAAGAAGUGUCAUACUCAUUGAUUGGAAUUAUAUUCAAUGUAAUGCUUCGACACUGUGAAAAUGUUUUUAGCAAUAAUAUGUUGCAAAAGGAGCGUUGGAAAUGACUCAACGUAAUGCCAAAAAACCCCAAAUAUGUGCUUCCUUCAUUAAAAAAAUCUAUUAAUUAUUUCAUAGUUUGAAAUGUCUUAGUAUAAUUGCAUAUACUGAUACCACGAGUUAAAAAUAGUACAGAUCGUCAAGGGUUAUUGAAACAUAUUUUGCCUCGAGUCAUCUUGUGAUUUUUUAGAAAUUGAGUGAUAGUGGUACUUCGAGCUGACAAUAUUAGUUACUUCAGAAUUACUCGAAAAUAAGUCACAUAAAACAUUAAGAUUUUUCUAGAAUUCAGUGUAAGUGACGAAUAAUUUAUUGGGUGAAUUUAAAGUGAAAAGAGCAGAAAAAAAUGAAAAAAUUGAUGUAAUACGAUUUCAUAAAGUUUUAUCAAAGUGCAAGCGAUACUCCAAAGAUGAAUGCUCAUCAUUAAAAUUUUUUUAUAAAAAUUAUUAUAUGAAAGAACACGUUUGUAACAAUUGAAAUUGUAGUAUGCAUCUAAGAAUAUCCGUACGUAAUGAAACUUUUUGUUCGAAGUUUGGAAAAAAUUGGAAAUGAAGGAAAUAUGUAAAUGAGGAUGGAAAUGAAGUUGUGAUUGAGCUUCAAUUUUUUGCAUACUAAAGUAAAAUAUACCGUGCGAUGUUCUGAGACACAUAUUUUUUAAUUUUUACUAAAAUUUUUUCUUGUUUUUUUUUUAUACAUUUAAGGCUAUGCGCGUCUAUUUGUAAUUGAUACGCAAAGCAUUUGAACGUGCGUAAUAGCUUGAGAUACAUAAAAUACCAUAAAGUAUAACUUUUUUAAGGACACAUCAUGAUUACAAGAUUAUAAUUAUCGCUAAUACACCAUUUUGAAUUUGAGUUUUAGACAAUAUACAUUUUAACAUAAAAAUAACGUUUGUAAAUAUCAGUUGCAACAGUUCAGUACGUACGCAACUAACAUAUAACUUGUUCAAAUAUGAGUAGGAUAUGCUAUGAGAACAAGAAAAAUGGAUUAUGAGAAUAGGCAAAUCCUUUACCCAAAGAGCUAAAAGAAGUUCCACUUCGAAAUUGUGAUCAAUUGUGACCGCUGAAAACAAAAGCAUUACCUUUGUUAAUCAUUUAAUAUUUGGCAUAAUGCAUAAUUUUCAAGUCUGAUAUGAGCUUGGCAUUUUUGGUCAUCUUGUGUCUAUGUAAAUAAAGUGAAUGUAUAGUUUAGAUCACGAACAAGGUAAAUGUAAUAAAAUUGAUACAAGCU